AUGAACCCAACACAAGCAUCUACACUCGGAGAUGUUUACAGCUUUGGAAUAGUGUUGCUAGAGUUGUUCAUCAGUAAAAGACCGACCGAUGCGAUUUUUAACGAGAGUCUAAAAAUUCACAAGUACAUUUCAACGGCUUUUCCUGAUCAUGCCAUGGAGAUUUUAGAUCCUUUAUUGCUCUUGGCAGAGGAAGAGCAGAAAAUCAAUCAAGAUCAAGCAAGGAGAAUGGAAGAAUGUUUACUCUCGGUUUUGGAAAUCGGGCUUACAUGUUCUGCAUCAUCACCAAGAGAUAGAGCGCCAAUUGACACUACUUUGAGCAAACUUCAAUCAAUCAAGGAGUCCUUCCUUCCAAUGAGAUGGUAA